GUGGCCCCCCAUACAAUAUCUCUCACUUAAGACAAAAGUUACUCUAAACACACUAUGAAGAAAAAGCAGGAGCCUCAUCAAGAUGAAGAACAUGAUGUUGAAAUCCUCAAGGCUGUGGCACAAGCCUGGCAUGGACACUCGAGCAGCCGUGGAACUACUGCUGAAUUCGACGCCCACCGCCACAAUUUCAAGAAUAAGCCAUCAAGAUUCAAGCUUGAAGCUAUGAACAAGGCAACCUCCAGAGAAUAUGAUGGAACAAUUAGUAGAUGGGAUUUCAGCCAGUCUCUUUGGGAUUCUUAUGAGAUACUCAAUGUGUCCAAAAAGUUAGAAACUGGGCUAAUGCUGGACCAUCCAUUGGAUGGGUCUAUCCGAAUUGGACAGAAGAGGAAAGAGAGUAAGAAUAGCUUAAGAAAUUUGCUCAAUAGGGUGUCUUCAAGAAGAUAUAAUGAUGCUGAUUCAACACUAGACAAGGAUGGUUAAUAUCAAGUAGUAAUAUGUAAAAUUUGGGUUCAUUUUUUCUGAAAGAAGCCGUGAGAGCUCUGUUUCUUGAUUUUUUUCCUUAUCACAUAUGCUGAUUCUUCUUUAUCUUUUACGCGAUUUUUCAUAUAAUUAUCAUCACUUAGCUGAGAGGAAGCACAAGAUGCAUUGUACUGAAG